UUAAUGUUGACUUCGUUUUAUUUUGCUUCUUGUUUGUUGAAUACCCUUCAAGAUAAGAAUGAUAUCAAGCACAGGUAUAAAUGAUGGAAGUGGAUCAACACCAUUGUUAGACGCUGCCGGUCGUCAAGAUGUGGAAGAAACCAGCAGCGGAAGUUGGUGGAAGAAAGUUUUGGACGUGGAAGAAGCUAAAAAUCAAGCUCUCUUUUCCCUGCCUAUGAUUCUAAGCAAUGUUUUCUAUUACGCAAUUCCUUUGGUUUCUGUCAUGUUUGCCGGUCACCUUGGCGAUCUUGAGCUCGCCGGAGCCACCCUUGCCAAUGCUUGGGCGGUCGUCACUGGCUUCGCUUUAAUGAUUGGGUUAAGUGGAUCACUUGAAACACUUUGUGGUCAAGGAUUUGGUGCUGGAUUGUAUCGAAUGUUGGGAAUAUAUCUACAAUCAUCUUGCAUCAUAUCAUUCUUCUUCUCAGUGAUUGUAUCCAUUGUCUGGUUCUAUACUGAACCUCUUCUUAUUUUACUUCAUCAAAAUUCUGCAAUUGCAAAACAGGCAGCUCUUUAUGUGAAGUAUCUUAUUCCUGGUCUGUUUGCUUAUGGUUUUUUACAAAACAUUUUAAGGUUUCUUCAGACACAAUCCAUUGUCCUGCCAUUGGUUGUGUGUUCAGCUGUACAAAUGGGCAUUCAUUUUGGGAUUGCAUAUGCGUUUGUUCACUGUACAUCCCUAGGUUUCAAGGGUGCUGCAUUAGCAGCUUCAGUUUCAUUAUGGAUAUCGAUGCUGUUCUUGGUGAUUUAUGUCCUUCGUGCGAAGACGUUUGAACAUACAUGGAAAGGAUUUUCUCUUGAAUCAUUCAGUUCCAUCCUUGCAAACUUAAAACUUGCUCUGCCUUCUGCAGGAAUGGUAUGCCUGGAAUAUUGGGCUUUUGAGAUUCUGGUGAUCUUAGCUGGAUUGAUGCCAAACUCAGAAGUAACAACUUCAUUGAUUGCAAUGUGUGUGAACACAGAAGCUAUAGCCUACAACAUUACCUAUGGUCUCAGUGCGGCUGCAAGCACGAGGGUGUCAAAUGAGUUGGGCGCAGGAAAUACCAAUCGAGCUAAAAAUGCCAUGAUUGUGACUCUGAAGCUUUCUAUCAUCCUUGCUCUUAUAUUUGAUCUUGGCCUGGCCUUUGGUCAUAACAUUUGGGCUAACUUCUUCAGCAACAGCUCCAUGAUUAUCAAGGGGUUUACCGCUUUGACGCCCUUUCUCAUAAUAUCGAUAACUUUAGACGCUAUGCAAGGCAUAUUAUCAGGAGUGGCGAGAGGAUGCGGGUGGCAGUACUUGGCCGUGUGGGGUAACUUAGGGACAUUCUAUGUCGUUGGCAUGCCAAUUGCGCUGGUACUUGCAUUCAAGUUAAAACUCUAUGCAAAGGGAUUGUGGAUUGGGUUAAUCUGUGGGCUCUCCACCCAAGCCAUCACUCUCUUGCUGAUUACAAUUCGGCAAAAUUGGACUAAAUUGGACAUUCAUGUCAAUAGAUCAGAUUAAGAAACCCCAAAUUUUAUUUGAUGAGAAAGUAGUUGAAUAUCUUCAGAGGACAAGAUGUAAAAUUUUAUUUCAAUUCAGUUUAGCUUAGAAUUAUAUAGAUAUGAGCCAGAGUGUAAUACCCUUAGGCAAAUCUCACAUCGGCAAAGUAUGGGAGAGAUGUCGGGUUUGUCUGUACUCUGUCUAUAUAUCUCA